AAGGUAUGACUUGUAGAAAGUUUAAAUAAAAUAAAAAAUUGGAGCAAUUAAGUGAAACCUCCAUACAUUUGUGAGCUGCCAAUCCAAGGUUAUAUAUACAGUGGAUGAAUCCAAUAUGGGUUUUCCGAAAAGUAACAACCAACUUUCCACCAUGGCUGUCCUCUCUCACUUCCUCUUCCUCUUCUUCAUCACCCAAAUUCAUCCUAAACCAAGAACAAUUAUGCCGAUUACUAUCCAUAUCCGGAAGAGAACACAAUUUCAAAAUCGGAUCUUCAAUCCACUGCUCCAUAAUCAAGAACCCACGAUUCCAUAACCCCAUCAACAACCCACACAUUUCCAUUUGGAACUCCCUCUUGUUCUUGUACUCCAAAUGUGCCCACUUGUAUGAUGCACACAAGCUGUUCGACGAAAUGCCUGUGAGAGAUACAAUCUCUUUUAACACAAUCAUAUCAGGGUGUUUCAAGAAAGAAUUGUUUAAUGUUGGGUUUGAUUACUUCAAACUGAUGUAUGGCUCUUCGGGUGCUUAUCGGUUUGAUCGUGGGACGAUUACGACUAUUUUAUCUGUUUGUGAAGGGUGGGAGUUUGUUAAUGUUAGUAAAAUGAUUCAUACAUUGGUUGUUGUUAACGGGUACGAGCGGGAGACUACCGUUGCCAAUGCUUUGAUUACAGCUUAUUUUUGUUGUGGGUGUUCUGGUUUCGGACGACAAGUUUUUGUUGAAACUAGUGAUCGGAAUGUGGUUACAUGGACAGCUAUGAUCUCUGGGCUUGCGCAAAAUCGAUAUUGUGAAGGAAGUUUGAAGGUGUUUGUGGAAAUGCGUAGAGGGGUAGUGUCUCCGAAUACAUUAACAUACCUGAGUUCAUUACUCGCGUGUUCUGGUUUGAACGCGUUUAAAGAAGGGUGUCAAAUACAUGGGCUUGUUUUGAAGUUAGGUAUGAAUACAGAUUUGCAUAUAGAAAGUGCACUUAUGGAUAUGUAUUCUAAAUGCGGUAGUGUGCGAGACGCAUGGCAGAUUUUCGAGUCGGCUCAAGUUCUUGACGAGGUUUCCAUGACAGUGAUUCUCGUUGGUUUUGUGCAAAAUGGGUGCGAGGAAGAAGCGGUUCAGGUUUUUGUGAGAAUGGUGAAAGCGGGGAUCAAGAUUGAUCCGAACAUGGUGUCUGCUAUUCUUGGAGUGUUCGGUGGUGACACUUCCUUAGCUUUCGGUAAGCAAAUCCAGUCUAUGGUUUUAAAAAAAGGGUUUGGUUCAAAUCCGUACGUUAGUAACGGGCUUAUCAACAUGUACUCAAAAUGCGGUGAGUUAGAUGAAUCGGUUAAAGUCUUUGAAAGCAUGGCUUACACGAACGCGGUCUCAUGGAACUCCAUGAUUGCAGCUUAUGCUCGUCAUGGUAAUGCUUCUAAAGCGCUUCAAUUAUAUGAAGAAAUGCGGCAAGAAGGUAUAAAACCAACCGACAUUACCUUUUUAUCUUUGCUUCACGCUUGUAGUCACGUCGGGUUGGUAACCAAAGGCAUGGAGUUUUUAGAAUCCAUGAAAAAUGAGUACGGAAUUAGCCCGAGGAAAGAGCAUUAUGCAUGUAUAGUUGACAUGUUGGGCCGAGCAGGGCUUCUGAAUGAAGCUAAAAGUUUUAUCGAAUCACUACCCGUAAAGCCUGAUGUACAACUUUGGCAAGCGCUGUUAGGCGCGUGUAGUUUUCAUGGUAACGCUGAGAUGGGGAAGUAUGCAGCCGCUCAAUGGUCUGUUGAAGCGCCAGAUAGCCCUGUCCCUUACAUUUUGAUGGCUAAUAUAUAUUCUUCGAAAGGAAGAUGGAAAGAGAGAGCCGAAACCAUUAGAAGGAUGAAGGCGGUAGGGGUGGCGAAGGAUACGGGGACGAGCUGGAUUGAGAUGAAGAAACGAGUGCAUAGCUUUGUUGUCGAUGAUCAUAUGCACCCACAAUCAGAGGUAAUUUUUGAUGCUUUGUUAGUGUUAUUUAGACAUUUGACAGAUGAAGGAUAUGUUCCUGAUAAAAGAUUCAUUCUACGCUACUGGCAUGACGACAACGAUGAUGUAGUAGCUAAUUCUUGCACAAUUAGGAUGAAUAAUCUAGAAGGUUAAUGAAAGAAAUCUUUGGUGUAAUUGAAUUGUAUAAAUUGCAUAAUAUCAGGUGUCAAACUUUACAGUC